AUGAUGCAAUGGCGACUGCGCCGUGGGAAGCGGGCGAGGAGUUGAAUGAGUUCUCCCCACAGUUGAAGUGAGGCAGCCGCGGACGGUCAGGACAGCGUCAGCGCCCGGGGGACAGACACGGAGACUCUUCAGGGGGGCCCUGUCCGGAACUACGCCACAUGGAAACACGCAGCCAGGUGUGUCUGCUAGCCUCGCAGCUAGCCGUGUCCUGACGGUAGGAGAGAUUUCUCACACAUCUGUACGACGUUGCAGCGACACCGGAGCCGCACCAACACCCUGUUAGCUCUCCUUAGUGAGGAGGGGUUGUUUUUAUUUCGCUUCUGCCGCAUUGUCCUCCUCACCUGCGACUCACUGGACCUAUUUGUGCUUCGUUUUGGACCACCAUGGCUGAGAGAACCUCCAGCGGGUUGCUGACGAUGAUGUUGGAGCCCACGCCGGCUGUCGCUAUGACCCUGCCGGCGGAGGUCCGGGAGAAGCUGGCGGAGCUGGAGCUGGAGCUGUCGGAGGGGGACAUCACUCAGAAGGGCUAUGAGAAGAAAAGAGGCAAGCUGUUGGCACCAUACAUCCCACAGAUCCAAGGUGUAGAUCCUUCUCUGCAAAUCGACAACAGGAUCCAGUCCUCCUCACAAGCAGUUCUCCCAGGUUCCAAGCACAACAAGUCUCGGGCGCCCAACACCCGUGAUGAACGCUUCAGAUCUGAUUUGCACACAGAAGCCGUCCAAGCAGCUCUGGCAAAGUACAAAGAGAGGAAGAUGCCAAUGCCCUCCAAGAGACGAUCUGUGUUAGUUCAGUCUUCUGUGGAGGCAUGCACCCCGCCAGACACCUCCUCAGCGUCAGAAGACGAGGGUUCGCUUCGCCGGCAGGGACGUCUGGCCACCUCCACGCCCUACCAGGGCCACGGCCACCCGGCCGUUGAGCACUGGUUUAACCGUGUCAUCCAGGGCUCGUCCACCUCAUCCUCCGCGUCAUCCACCUCAUCCCACCCAGGAGGGAGAUCUGUCACCACCAACACCAACACCACCACUUCCCACGCAGCCCUCAACGCCAACGCUGCAGCCACCACACUGGCGGACCUUAUGGCACACACCCAGCUAGAUAACCACUCAGCGCCCCCUGAUGUGACAGGGCUUUCAGAGCGCUCCUCGCUUCAUGCGGAGCGGCCUCAGGUGGCCUCGGUGCGAGGCGUUUCCCGCGGCUACAACCACCACACCAGCGUCAUGGAGACUGCAGAUGGCUGUGAGUGGAGAGGUGAAGGAUCCCUCACUUUAAUGGAUGGUGUUCCAGUCAACAGUCGUGUCUCCUCCAAAAUCCAGCAGCUGCUCAACACCCUCAAGAGACCGAAGCGACCGCCGCUGCGAGAGUUCUUCGUUGACGACUUUGAGGAACUUUUAGGAGUCCAGCAUCCUGAUCCCAACCAGCCAAAGCCAGAGGGCCAGCAGAUGAGCCCCCUAGAAGGAGAGCCUCUAGAGGGGGUCAACAAGUGGCCGCCCUCCUUACCAGCAGCCUUACAGCGGUGGGGAACCACCCAGCCCAAGAGCCCGUGUCUGACAGCGCUGGACAAUUCUGGAAAACCCGUCUACACACUCACCUAUGGUAAGCUAUGGACCCGCAGUCAGAAGCUGGCCUACACUCUUCUGAACAAGCUGAGCACCAGAAACGAACCUCUGCUCAUGCCUGGAGACAGAGUCGCUCUUGUUUUCCCCAACAACGACCCGGUGAUGUUCAUGGUGGCGUUCUACGGCUGUCUCCUGGCAGAGCUGGUACCCGUGCCUAUUGAAGUGCCGCUGACAAGAAAGGAUGCAGGGAGCCAACAGAUCGGCUUUCUGUUGGGCAGCUGUGGCGUCACGUUGGCGCUGACCACCGAUGCCUGUCAGAAAGGCUUACCCAAAGCACAAACAGGGGAGGUAGCGACUUUCAAAGGCUGGCCGCGGUUACUUUGGUUUGUGACAGAUGGGAAGCAUGUGGUGAAGCCUCCUAAAGACUGGUACCCCGCUAUACGGGACGCCAGUAAUGAUAUCGCCUAUAUAGAGUAUAAAACCAGCAAGGAGGGAAGCACCAUGGGGAUCACAGUGUCUCAUUCAGCCAUGCUGGAUCACUGCCACGCUCUCACACAGGCAUGCGGCUACGCUGAAGCCGAGACCAUAACCAACGUCCUGGACUUCAAGAGAGAAGCAGGAUUAUGGCACGGUGUUCUCACUAGCGUUAUGAAUCGGAUGCACGUGAUCAGCAUCCCUUACUCCCUGAUGAAAGUCAACCCCCUGUCAUGGAUACAGAAGGUUCACACGUACAAAGCGCGGGUUGCCGUGGUGAAGUCGAGGGACAUGCACUGGUCCCUGCUCGCCCAGAGAGACCAGAGGGACAUCAGCCUGAGCUCGCUGCGCAUGCUCAUCGUGGCUGACGGAGCGAACCCAUGGUCGAUAUCCUCCUGUGAUGCCUUCCUCAACGUGUUUCAGGCACGUGGGCUGCGACCUGAGGUGAUCUGCCCAUGUGCCAGCUCCUCAGAAGCUAUGACUGUCGCCAUCCGCAGACCUCCAGAAAUGGGAGUUCCUCCCCCGGGGAAGGCGGUGCUGUCGAUGGGAGGGCUGAGCCACAGCGUGAUCCGAGUAGACACUGAGGAGAAGCUCUCAGUUCUCACAGUGCAGGAUGUUGGACAGGUCAUGCCUGGAGCUCUGGUUUGUGUGGUCCGGGUGGAGGGGACCCCUUAUAUCUGUCAGACUGAUGAGGUUGGAGAGAUCUGUGUGAGCUCAGGUAGCACGGGCGUUGCCUACUACGGCCUCCCGGGUAUGACCAAGAACGUCUUUGAGACGAUCCCGGUUUUAUCAAACGGACUUCCCAUCAGUGACAGACCCUUUACCAGGACUUCACUGCUGGGUUUUGUGGGUCCGGACAGUCUGGUGUUUGUCGUGGGGAAGAUGGAUGGGCUGAUGGUGGUCAGUGGCCGCAGGCACAAUGCUGAUGACGUGGUUGCCACGGCACUGGCUGUGGAGCCCAUGAAGUUUGUUUACAGAGGAAGGAUAGCGGUGUUUUCUGUGUCCGUGCUGCAUGAUGAGAGGAUUGUAGUUGUGGCCGAGCAGAGGCCCGAUGCCUCUGAGGAGGACAGCUUCCAGUGGAUGAGCCGUGUCCUUCAGGCCAUAGACAGCAUCCAUCAGGUGGGCGUGUACUGUCUGGCUCUGGUGCCUGCCAACACGCUUCCUAAGGCUCCUCUUGGUGGGAUUCAUAUAUCUGAGACCAAGCAGCGCUUCCUGGAGGGGGCCUUGCACCCCUGCAACGUCCUCAUGUGCCCUCACACGUGUGUCACCAACCUGCCAAAGCCAAGGCAGAAACAGCCAGAGGUGAGUCCUGCUUCUAUGAUAGUGGGAAACCUGGUGGCAGGGAAGAGGAUAGCGCAGGCCUGUGGGAGAGACGUGGCCCAGCUGGAGGACAACGAACAGUUCCUGUACAUACAAGAUGUGCUGCAAUGGAGAGCCCAGGCCACUCCAGACCAUCCUCUCUUCCUUGUUCUCAAUGCUAAGGGCACAGUGGCGAGCACAGCUUCUUGCCUGCAGCUGCACAAGCGGGCGGAGCGAGUGGCUGCAGCACUGAUGGGACGCCUCAACACCGGGGACCAUGUAGCACUCGUCUAUCCUCCAGGAAUCGACCUGAUUGCCACCUUCUACGGCUGCCUGUACGCUGGCUGUGUGCCUGUUACUGUCAGACCGCCACACCCACAGAACCUGGCAACCACCCUGCCCACCGUCAAGAUGAUCGUAGAGGUCAGUAAAUCGGUGUGUAUCCUGACUACUCAAGCAAUAAUGAAGCUGCUUAAAUCCAAGGAGGCAGCUGCUGCUGUGGACAUCAAGAGCUGGCCCAUGGUGCUGGACACAGAUGAUCUCCCAAGAAAGAAGAGUCCCCAAAUGUACAAACCCCCGACUCCAGAGAUGUUAGCUUAUCUGGACUUCAGUGUGUCCACCACUGGCAUCUUAGCAGGGGUUAAAAUGUCUCACGCUGCCACUAGUGCCUUGUGUCGCUCCAUCAAAUUGCAGUGCGAGCUCUACCCAUCCAGACAGAUCGCCAUCUGUCUGGACCCGUACUGCGGUCUGGGCUUUGCUCUCUGGUGCCUGUGCAGUGUGUACUCGGGCCACCAGUCCAUUUUGGUGCCCCCUCUUGAGCUGGAGAGCAAUGCGUCUCUGUGGCUUACAGCAGUCAGUCAGUACAAAGUACGCGUCACCUUCUGCUCGUACUCGGUCAUGGAGAUAUGCACCAAAGGUCUGGGCUCACAGACAGAAGCACUGAGGCUGCGGAAUGUGAACUUGUCCUGUGUGCGUACAUGCAUGGUGGUAGCAGAAGAGAGGCCCCGCAUAGCGCUCACUCAGUCCUUCUCAAAGAUCUUCAAGGACCUGGGGCUUUCACCGCGGGCUGUCAGCACCACCUUCGGCUGCAGGGUGAAUGUGGCAAUAUGUUUGCAGUCCAACAGGUUAGGCAAACUGGCUGAGCAGGGCACGGCUGGACCAGACCCCACUACUGUUUACGUGGACAUGAGAGCUCUACGGCAUGACAGGGUCAGACUGGUUGAGAGAGGGUCUCCACACAGUUUACCUCUGAUGGAGUCUGGGAAGAUCCUUCCAGGAGUGAAGGUGAUCAUCGCCAACACAGAGACUAAAGGACCUCUGGGAGACUCUCAUCUAGGAGAGAUCUGGGUGAGCAGUCCUCACAAUGCCACAGGCUACUACACAGUUUAUGGUGAGGAGGCGCUGCAUGCAGACCACUUCAACACCAAGCUCAGCUUCGGUGACACCCAGAGCGUCUGGGCGAGGACCGGGUACCUGGGCUUCCUGCGGCGCACUGAGCUGACGGACGCCAGUGGAGAGCGUCAUGAUGCCCUCUAUGUGGUCGGCUCUCUUGAUGAGACUCUGGAGCUGAGGGGGAUGAGGUAUCAUCCUAUCGACAUCGAAACCUCUGUAAUCCGUGCACACAAGAGCAUAGCUGAAUGUGCGGUGUUUACCUGGACCAACCUCCUGGUGGUGGUCGUGGAGCUGGAGGGGUCGGAGCAGGAGGCCCUGGACCUGGUCGCCCUGGUCACCAACGUGGUGCUGGAGGAGCACUACCUCAUUGUAGGCGUGGUGGUGGUGGUCGACCCCGGCGUCAUCCCCAUCAACUCCCGAGGGGAGAAGCAACGCAUGCACCUCAGAGACGGAUUCCUGGCGGACCAGCUGGACCCCAUAUAUGUGGCUUACAACAUGUGAAGGCCCUGCUGCAGGCGGGCGAGGGGGGUUCCUACAUGUGGCUUAUCAUGCAACAGGAGACAGCAGGAUGGAAAAGGAGGAGGGAAGAAAGAAGCUGCCCUUUAUGCAAAACUUGACAGCAGAAUGGAGGAAAAUUCAUGUCUGUUUCUCUGUGAUUCCCUGAGUCAAGAAAUGAGGUUUUUAUGGGCAUUUUAGCUCUUUAAAGUGAGAUUUGUGUGAGUGACAGAGCCCAGCAGUCCACUUAAAGUACAGCAGGGGGUUAGGGUAUAAAACUACACUGUGCCAUUAACACACUCUCAGUCAGAGUCCACAACUAUGAUUGUUUUUGUUUUCCAUGCAGACGUGCCAUAGAACAGGACUGGUACCAGUACCUUAAACCUGGUCCAGACAUACUCUACCUCAGGGGUGUCAAACUCAAUCACAGCAGGGGCCGAAAUCUGAAUUUAGGUCUAACCUGAGGGCCUAACAGGGUCAAGAUUUAACCAUAAACUGUCAACCUUAUUCUAAAAGGUAAUUCACUAGGAGGGAAAGAAACUGAUGAUGUUCAGAAGGUCAGAACACAAAAUUCAAAGUCAAAAUAAUGUUUUCAAAAGGCAAAUUUAUGAGAUAGAAAGUAAAAAUCAUGAGUUUAAAAGUCAAAAUAUGAGGUGAAUUCAAAAUCAUGAGUUUAAAGGUCAAAAUUUCAGACUAAAAAUCAAAGUUAGGAGUUGAGAAGGUCACAGUAUUUGAUAAAAAGCUAAAUUUUGAGUUUAAAAGUUGAGAUAUGACUUCAAAUUCAGUAUUGUGAAUCUAAAAGGUCAAAAUGUGAGAUAAAAUUCAAAAUCAUGAGUUUAAAAAGUCAAAUGAUGGUAUUGAUAGUCAAAGUUAGGAGUUUAAAAAGUCAAAAUAUAGUAUUAAAUGUCAAAG